AUGGGAGACGACACACCAAAAAACCAAGAGCCAUCUCAGUCAAAUGGGCGAAUGACGCGCUUUGGCACAACAGUGCCUGCCCCCGGCCGCACUACGAGCAUGGUGCCUAGUCGUAUUGGCUCAGCUGUCGGCUCCACACCCUCUUCGUCGAUGCCAUCUGCGUCGGCAACGACGGCACGCGGAUCAACACCACAGCCGGGAGGAGCAGGACGUAUGGUAUUUCGACCUGUUAUGCCGCAGCGCCGACGUACACCAGGCGCGAGUUUGCAAGCAUCCAUCAAAGAGGAAAAGAAUGCAGACCAAAAACCAGCGUCCCUGUGGCCGACAUCCUCGUCCGCACGCCCGCCACGUCCGCCGCGAGGACCACGGCCACCACGACCACCCAUUGAAAUGACAGCAACAGGACCUUUCUCGAUGGGGGCAGGUGACCGUUCUAGCACGUCGCGCUCUGCGCGUGCAGCGGCCGACAUGCGAUCGAGGCCUGUAAUGACCGAGACACAUAGCACGCGAUCGCGUGGCUCAUCUUCCACCCAAUCUACUCUCAAUGCAGAUACUGUGGAUAUCCAGCAUGUACAUGAGCUGGACCAAAUGGCGCCACAGUCGCUCUUACAGCCGCCGCCUGGAGUGAAGCGCGAGAGUUCGCCACCGAUCAAGACCGACGCUGACGAGCCAGUUAAUGGCGAUGUAAAUACCGCACAGGCGCUGGAUCUUAGCGAAAGUGAAGACGAAGACCAUGAAGAGCUGAUGGCGAGUCACUUUGCGUCUACUGUCCAGGAUGGGGAGACAGACGGGCAGCUGUUCUUGUUCCAGUUUCCUCAUACGUUCCCAGUGUUUCAACCUCGUUCGUCGUCUGACGCGGCUUCCACUGACACAAAAGAAAGUGGAGAUAUCAUGGAAGUACCACCGUCUGAAGUCAAGGCCGAGUCAUCGUCAGAGUCAGUUGGCCCAACUGAGGGUCAGAUCGGCCAUCUUGAUAUUUAUGCUGACGGGCGUGUUAUGCUUCGGCUUGGGGAUAUCCCAUUUGACGUGAUGAGCGGUAGUGAGACAAGUUUUCUGCAAGAGGUCAUGAUUUUAGAUCCUGAGCGCCAAGAAGCGCAGUGCUUGGGCGAGUUGAAUAGCAAGCUGGUCGUGACACCCAGUUUGGAACAUUUUAUGGCUCAACUGUCCACACAGCGGUGA